UCCAGCAGCGCUCUAGUUGCUAUAUUGUCACACGCACCCCUCGCUCCGACAACAUGUACAAGCUCAUCCUCCUGCCCCUCUUCUUCGCCGCCGUCUCGGCUGGCUAUGCUGUUGCCCCUGUCUCCUACGCCGCUCCCGCAGUGAGCUACGCCGCCCCCGCUGUUAGCUACGCUGCCCCCGCCUUAAGCUACGCUGCCCCCGCCGUCAGCUACGCCGCCCCUGUUGUCAAGAGCUACGCCGCCCCCGCCUACGCUGCUCCUGCUGUAUACGCUGCUCACGCCCCCGUGGCUUAUGCCGCCCCCGCUGUCAGAUCCUAUGCUGCCCCAGCUGUUGCAUACGCUGCUCCCGCUCCCGUCGUGAAGGUUGCUGCUCCCGUUGCAUACGCCGCUCCCGCAGCCACCUCCUACGCUAACACCUACAAGGUCUCCAACACUGUCAGGGCUGUCGCUCCCGUUGCCUAUGCCGCCCCCGCUCACGUAGCUUACGCCGCCCCUGUUGUCAAGAGUUACGCCGCCCCUGCCUACGCUGCCCCCGCCUACGCCGCCCCCGCCUACGCCUACGGUGCUGCCUACGGUUACCACUACCUAGAGUUGAGAAAGAAUGGCUCGAUGAGGGAUAUUAGUGUUCACACGGAAGCCAACCAGUGUUUAUCACCUUAUCUGCAAAGAUUCCAGUGCUCUAGUUGCUAUAUUGUCACACGCACCCCUCGCUCCGACAACAUGUACAAGCUCAUCCUCCUGCCCCUCUUCUUCGCCGCCGUCUCGGCUGGCUAUGCUGUUGCCCCUGUCUCCUACGCUGCUCCUGCAGUGAGCUACGCCGCCCCCGCUGUUAGCUACGCUGCCCCCGCUGUUAGCUACGCUGCCCCCGCCGUCAGCUACGCCGCCCCUGUUGUCAAGAGCUACGCCGCCCCCGCCUACGCUGCUCCUGCUGUAUACGCUGCUCACGCCCCCGUGGCCUACGCCGCCCCCGCUGUCAGAUCCUAUGCUGCCCCCGCUGUUGCCUACGCUGCUCCCGCUCCCGUCGUCAAGGUCGCCACUCCCGUGGCAUACGCCGCUCCCGCAGCCACCUCCUACGCAAACACCUACAAGGUCUCCAGCUCUGUUAGGGCUGUCGCUCCUGUUGCCUACGCCGCCCCCGCACCCCUAGCUUACGCUGCUCCUGUUGUCAAGAGUUACGCCGCCCCUGCCUACGCUGCCCCCGCCUACGCCUACGGUGCUGCCUACGGUUACCACUGAUCAAACCAUUAAUAUAUAUAUAUAUAUAUAUAUAUAUAUAUAUAUAUAUAUAUAUAUAUAUAUAUAUAUAUAUGAAGUUGUACCUAUGCAUGUAAAUAGCCUUUAUUUAUUAUGCUAUAAAGUUAAAGUUACUAAGUAA